AUGGCGCCGUCCCUACUCCGCCCGCAGGUCCACCUGUCGAAUGCAGAGGCACUGAAGCUGGCGCAGCUGGCGCCGGAGGUGCUGAAGAGCAACCCAAAGGUGUUUUCAGCGUCACCAUUGGCUGCAAUUUUUUCUGCCUCGGAAACGAGCGACGUGUGGACAAUCUACGAGAACCUCCUGCUGGCCUGUCUGCGAACUGGCGACGACAAGGCGGCCUCGGACUGCCUGGAACGAAUCGUCAUUCGAUUUGGCCCGCAGGAUGAGCGCGUGAUGGCGCUGGAGGGCCUGACCAAGGAAGCAAAGGCUACAAAUAAUAAUGAGCUCGAAAAGAUACUCACAGAAUAUGAUGCUGUUUUGAAAGAGAAUGACGCCAAUGUUCCAAUUGCCAAGCGCAAAGUCGCCCUUCUUCGAUCAAUGGGCAAGACUUCGGAAUCGAUCGCCGCUUUAAAUACUCUUCUCGAAUUCAACACUACUGAUGGCGAGUCGUGGGCGGAGCUGGCCGACUUGUACCUGGAGGAAGGCCUAUAUGCCCAGGCUAUCUAUUCAUUGGAGGAGGUUUUGGUUCUACUGCCAAACUCUUGGACUACGCAAGCCCGACUCGGAGAGGUUUCUCUCAUGGCCGCAUCGACGUCGACCGAAGGAAACGGGCAGCAAUAUGUCAUUGAAGCUUUGAAACGAUUCUCCCGCAGUGUCGAGUUGUGUGACGAUUUCUUGCGCGGGUACUAUGGCCUGAAGCUGUCGUCCGAUAGAUUGCUUGAAGGCUCCGCCAAAGGAAAGAAGCAGCAAGACGAAGGAUUCAUGAUUCCCGAUAGCAAGACCAUACAAAAACUGAAUGAAAUGGCGACGGCAAAGCUUGCGGAGAUUGUACGCCGGUAUGGAGCUCAGGAAAAGCUGUGGCAAGGAUACGAUGCGGCCGAGGUUGCUGCGGCGCGGGAAUUGCUUUCCCGAACAUCAGCCCAAGUGACUAGGUAG